GGCUGAAUGGCGCUAGCGUCUCCAGGAGAAACUACAUGUAGAUGCUCUGUAGGUAUGAAGGUUCCAUCUGGUCACCCACAGGUUCCUUGAGGUCACUCACAGGUCACAGAUGCCUUUAGGUCACCCACAGGUUCACAGACAACAAUGAUGAUAUCACCUGAUCACAAACCACACCUGUUGUUUUUGUUGGAGCAGCCAGUUCAGGUGGUCCAGGAUUUCUGUAAAUUAGUUACUGAUUACCUGCAGAAGGGACCCAACUUGAAAUUAUAUGCAGCUGCAGCGCAAAAGCUCGAAGUGGAAUCCAAAGUCAUUCAGAAUUCCGUGGAGGGAUUGGUGUACUUGCUCGUUGAGUGCACGAAAAACCGGUUGAACCUCGAGGCAUUUAAGACCCUGAUUAAUGACGUCGGUUUUACUGAUGAGAGGGAAUCACUCCUGUGCUCACUCUACACCGAGAGACAGCAAGAACUUCACGAUGCACUGGCUGAUGUUGGAUUCAAUGUACCACAGUACCACAAUAUGGAAUGGAGAUUCGAAGUACAGGUCGCGUCGAGAACUCUGCUCCAUCAGGUAGUGCCCUCCAUUGCGCUGGAUUUGACCUUGAAAAAUGCUGGCAAAUCAUCUCCAGAAGAGCACGUACUCCUCCAAUCUGAUCCCCGAAAUCUCCUCCAUUUAACUCAUGAACUGGAGGCGGCUAUUCAAGAGGGUCGCAGUCAGCACAUUCGCAAGAUCAAGAGGAGUAUAAAAUAA